AUGACUUCCCCAGUGCCAAAACCGCUCCGCGAAAAUAAAACACCAUUCUUGUUACAGCUCUUCUACCGUACGGGAGCUCUUCACAGAACAGACGAAUUUGAAGCGCAGAGUCUCCCUCCGCACAUUUCCGUGUAUACGUGGUCGGAUUGUACUCUUCAAGAGUUGGCGUUGGAUCUUGCCGCUACCAAACCUUCAGCUUUCCCAUCCCCUUCAGUGGGAUGUCGUUUAGUGUUCCAGCUGGUGUUUCCAGAUCUCCGAAACACAAUAGCAGUAGCAAACUCACCUCCUCGCUUCGGGGUUAAGGACCUUGGCAGUGUUGUAAUAGGCGGUGGCUCUAGUUCAGACACAUCGGGUGACACCUCCAUGGACGCAACAGCAAAAGAUUCUGACGACAAACACAAAACGCUCAGCGGUGCGCGAUUCGUAGUUGGUGAUUACAUCACUUGCGCGAUACUGCCGCCGCUCCCAGAUGGUUCCGUGGCACCCGCUUCAAGUGUGCGAAGGGAGCAGGCUUCGGGUUCGCAUGAAAGGGGAAAGGGCAGUUUCGGUCGUGGAGGCUCCAAGGGAAGCCGAGGCGACUGGAAAAGCGAGCUUGGAGGGGACUUUUAUAUGGGUGAAUGGAAGAGGGGCGAAAGAUUGCCAGAUGUCUCUGGGGGAAGACCGAGAAGCAGAGGGAGGUGGUAG